AUGCCACCGCCCCUCACCGCACCUCCUCCACCUCCACCACCACCACCACCGCUCACAACAACCACAACCUCCUCCCCCGACCCCCUGCAGUCCCUCGACGGCCCCAGCAUCUACACCUUCCCCGUGCACCCCCACCCGCACCCGCACUCGCACUCCCACCACAGCAGAACACACAAGCACAAGCCCAAACCCAGCACCCCGCUGCGCAAGACACUCACCCACCACACGCACACAACCACCACCCACACACACACAAGCUCCCCAUCACGCUCCCCGUGGCGCAUCAAGGUCGUCGUCGAAGCCUCACGCGCCUCCACCCCCGACGACGACGACGACGACGCAGAAUUCGAAGUAGAAGAAGAAGAAGAAGAGAGGGACAUCAAGCCACAGAUUAAACCACCACUACUACUACAACACCCAGCACAAAUGGCGCUCAGCACAACGACAAAGACAACAAAGAUCCCCCUCCGCGGCCUCAGCAGCCCCAGCGAGCUGCCGCUCCCGCACUCCACGCCCCGCGACGCACACACGCAGACACCAUCACUGAAGAAGCGGCGGCCCACGCCCGCGCGCCGGCGACGCACUUUGACGCCCGCUGCUGCUGCGCGGCCCACCACCACCGCCACCACCACCACCGCGUGGGGCAAUGGGCCGAAAGCCACACCGCAAUCCCCCCCGCGCGGACCACAAACCCUCGAGACGCCGCGCUCCCCGCGCAAAACGCCCUCGCCGAGAAAGAAAGUACACUCCUCGCCGUCGCCGUCGCCAAGGAAGGUACGCCCGCUGCAGCUGUGGAACAGCACGCCGACGAGCAACGAUGAUGACAUGGAGGGGUUUAGCAUCAUUGACACGAACAGCUUGUUGCCGGACUUUGCGUCGUCCAAGAUUCCCGCUGCCAUUGCUGAGGACGCCGAGGAGGACGACGACGACGACGAGGAGGAAGAGGAGGAAGAGGAGGUGCACGUGGGCAACAUGCUCGCCUCCUCCUCAGACACAGAAGAAGAGCUACCAGAUUUCACCUUCGCCGAAGACGACAACGACGACGAUGCCGCAGCGGAAGAGGCGCCAGAGGGGAUGUGGGAAGACGACCCCGUCGGCGCCGAGAGCUUCUACGGCGCCGACCACCUCCGCGGCCAAUCCCAAUCCCACCCACAAAGCCAAAUCUUCCGCAGCUCCCCGCCAGCAGUAGCAGUCCUAUCACUCAAGCGGCGCCGCGCCGCGUCCACCACGCCACGGAAGCGCCACACCGCACAACCCCUCGAUCAGGACGCGCAAGAGGCGCUGGACCGCGCGAAGCUGGAAGAGAUGAUGGCGCUGAGCUCCGACGACGAUCCGGACGCCACCGAGGAGGAGGAUAUCAUGGACGACGACGACGACGACGAAGACGAGGAAGACGCCAACUACCCCGCCCACCCCGACGUCGAACCAGCAUGGUCCGACGCGCCGCCGCUCGAGCUGACGCCGCCCGCGCUACAGCGGACGUGGGCCGCGCAGCGCGCAGGCGUGAUUGCGGCUGCGGCGGGCGCGGGCGCGGCGCGGGUCACGAUUGCGUCGGAUGAGAUUGAGGAGGACACGCUGGAGGCGGAGCGGAUCGUGCGGGAUAUGUGGGAGGUGGAGGCGGGGCCGCGGAGCGAGGCGACGCCGGUGGUGAGGAGGGGGGGGCGGGUGGUUGAGCGGACGCCUGAGGAGGAGGAGGAGGAGGAGGAAGAGGAGGAAGAGGGGGAUGAUGGGGAAGAAGAGGAGGAGGAGGAAGGUGAUACGAUUGUUGUGGCGGGGUUCGGUGCGGAGCCAGUGGGGGGGACGCCGGUGGGGAUGAGUACGAGUGCGUUUGAGGCGUCGAUGGUGCGGCGGCAGCGGGAGAUGGGGGGAGAAGGGGAGGGGGGGGAUGUGUUUGCCGCUGCUGCUGAUUCCGAGGACGAGGACGAGGACGAGCAGGAAGAGGAGGACGAAGAGGAAUAUGAAGAGGAAGAAGAAGGGGCUGAAGAAGGAGGCAUGCAAACACCGCCAAUGAAAGACCGCCUCCGCCGCACCACCCGCGAGGCGUCCGCAACACCCAGACCCAUCCGUGACGCCACACCGCGGCGCGCGCUCGCAGCAACACCAAAAAUACUGACCGAGAACCCGCCGUCGCCGAAAAAGGCCUCCCCCACGAAGCCCGCCCCACUACGGCGGAGCACCCCGCGAGCAACACAAACAACCACCCCAAAAACCACACGACCCACAACCACCGCGACCCCCCGCAUAACAACCGAGAACCCGCCAUCGCCCAAGAAAGUCUCCCCCACGAAGCCCCUCCCUACACCAACGCAGCGGCGGCGGCGGCGGCAGCCCACGCGCGCAGCCACCCCACAAGUCCUCGCCGAGAACCCGCCGUCGCCAAAGAAGGCGUCGCCGGUGAAGAUGGUGCCGACGCCUUUGCGCCGGGGCACCCGGGAGGCGACGCCGCGGGUGGUGGUGGGGGGCGGGGGCGGGGGCGGGGAGAACCCGCCGUCGCCGAGGAAGGCGUCGCCAGUGAAGAUGGCGCCGACGCCUUUGCGCCGCCGGGGCACGAGGGAGGCGACACCAAGGGUAGCAGCAGAGAACCCGCCGUCGCCGAAAAAGGCGCCGUCGCCGCGGAAGAUGGUGGCGUCGCCGGCGAAAUCGAGGGUUGAGAAGGCGAAUGCGCGGCUGGCGAGGAUUAGGGCUAGGAAGGCUGCUGCUGCCGCUGCGGGGGGUGGGGGGCCGAAGACGCCCGGGAGGCGAGGGCAGACGCCAGCGGGGCAGGUUGUGCCUGUACCUGUGCCUGUACCUGCACCUGCGCUGGAACCAGUCCCAGAACCAGAACCAGAACCAGUGCCAGUGCCAGUGCCAGUGCCAGAAGUGCAGACACAAGCCGUCGGCAGCAACAGAGAGCAACUAACCCCCCCAACCUCAUUCAGCGCCACCCCCGACCCCCCACCGCCAAACGCCAUAUUCGACAAUUUCCAGAAACUUGCGCCGCCCAUGGUCGUGCCGGCGGCGGCGCCCGCCGAGGAGGCUGCGGUGGUGCCGGUGGUGCCCCCGGAGAGGAAGGCGUAUAUCACGCCGGUGGAGCCUGUGAGCGUUGUGAGGCGGAGGUGGGGGGGUGCGUCUUUCGGCAACGGCGGCGGCGGUGGUGGUGGUGGUGGUGCGAGGGAGUCGGCGUCUACAUCUGCGUCGGCGUCGGCGUCGGCGUCGUUUAAUACUGCACAUGAGCCUGCGGCGCGCCGUGGGAGGAACUCGGCGUCGGCGUCGGUGUCGGCGGGUGCGUCGUUCAAUAACAACAACAGCAACAAUAGGGAGUCUGCAGCACGGAGUCAGCGCGCGUCGGCAUCUACUUCGUUCAACAGCGCGCAGGAGACCGUCCCCGUCACCACCGUCCCUGCCCCUGCCCCUACCGCCCCCGCGCCCCCACCCCGCCGAAUCCACCGUCCCAGCCGUACCACCACCACUACCACCACCACCGCACCUCCCCCACCCGCCCUCGCCCCCACCUGGGAAAAGCGCCACUGGAAGCUCCUCGAGCGCUACCUACACUCCCACACGCCCCUCACACCCGACAUCGCACGACUAACCUACCACGUGUCAAUCGACGACCCAUCGCUUCUCGGCGAGGCAGUGCUUUGCGAUCCCGCGCUCAACAUUGUGACGCUGGACGGCGGUGAGCGGGCGCUCGUGCUGACGGGACGCGAGGUUGCCGCGGUGCGGCGAUUUGUGCAGCGGAUGGAGGAUGAGGGCGGGGCUGUGGAGAGGGGGUGGGGGGUGGAGGUUGUUGCUGGGAAGGUUGGUGCGUUGAAGGUUGCGGGGGUGCGGAGGCGGUUGAGGGGGGAGCUUGGGGGUGGGAUUGGAGGGAGAGAGGGCAGAGGGGGGAGGGGAAGGGGGGGUAGAUAG